AUGGCCACAUCCAAUAAGGUGGAACUGGCAGAAGCCCUGGCCCUGGGCGCCCCCUGGCGACAUCUUUGUUACGUGAUGCUGUAUGCACCCAAUCCAAAGGUGCUCUUUGGGGGCCGCAUCCCUCUACGCUAUGCUGUGCUGAUGUACCUGCGCUUUGAUGGACGACUGGGCUUCCCUGGUGGUUUUGUGGAUGAUCACAGCCCCAGCCUAGAGGACGGGCUGGCUAAGGAACUGCUGAAGAAGCUGGGUGAGGGUGUGUCCAGUUUCCGCGUGGAACACACUGACUACCGAAGCUCCCUCAGAGAUUUCAAAUCAAACGUGGUGGCCCACUUCUACGUCAAGUGUCUGACCCUAGAACAGCUCCAGGACGUGGAAGCCAAGGCACCUCUAGCCAAGGACUAUGGGCUGGAGGUCUUGGGCCUGGUGCGUGUGCCCCUGUAUACCUUGCAUGAUGGAGUGGGAGGCUUGCCUGCCUUCCUAGGGAAUUCCUUCAUUGGUGCUUCCAGGGAGCAGCUACUGGAAACCCUCAAGGACAUGGGGAUUCUGACUCCUGAAACUGUCUCAAUCCUCAAGGAACGAAUUUUGAUCCAUGGAAGCAGAUCUUAG